GGCGGUUCUGAGAAAGUCCAGGCUAGUCUGACACUGAGCCUGUCCUUCCAGCCACAGAAUCAUGCCCAUGACGCUGGGUUACUGGGACAUCCGCGGGCUGGCUCAUGCCAUACGCCUACUCCUGGAGUACACAGACUCAAGCUAUGAGGAGAAGAGAUACACCAUGGGCGACGCUCCUGACUAUGACCAAAGCCAAUGGCUGAGUGAGAAGUUCAAGCUGGGCCUAGACUUUCCCAAUCUGCCCUACUUAAUUGAUGGGUCCCACAAGAUCACCCAGAGCAACGCCAUCCUGCGUUAUCUUGGCCGCAAGCACAACCUGUGUGGGGAGACAGAGGAGGAGAGGAUUCGUGUGGACAUUGUGGAGAAUCAACUUAUGGACAACCGCAUGGUGCUGGCCAGGCUUUGCUACAACCCUGACUUUGAGAAGCUGAAGCCAGGGUACCUGGAGCAACUCCCAGGAAUGAUGAGGCUCUACUCUGAGUUCCUGGGCAAGCGGCCAUGGUUUGCAGGAGACAAGAUCACCUUUGUGGAUUUCAUCGCUUAUGACCUUCUUGAAAGAAACCAAGUAUUCGAACCCAAGUGCCUGGAAGCAUUCCCAAACCUGAAGGACUUCAUAUGUCGCUUUGAGGGCCUGAAGAAGAUCUCGGAUUAUAUGAAGACCAGUCACUUCCUCCCAAGACCCAUGUUCACAAAGAUGGCCACUUGGGGCAGCAAGUAGGGCCUUGGCAGCCUGGGAUGUUCGAUUAAGGUGCCAGGCUUCCUUGGUUUGCAGGGUUCCCUGAGGAGUAGGCAGGACCGCUGCAGUUGCAGGGCCACCUUUUCCUUCUCCCUUCUUUCCAUCCUGUCCCAGACCCCAAGCUCCCCAGCUCUCUCUUUUUGCUCAUCCAAUCCCUGCCCCACAUAGGCUCUUUAAAGCCCCAGCAACUCUUUUCCGUUGUCAAAGUACCCUUCUGAAGCUGAAGUGCCCCUUACAUUACAGGUUCACGUGUUUGGGUACUGGGUUCCCAAAUGAUGCCUAUUUUGAACAAUUGUGGGCUCUCUGGCAGGUGGGGAUCUAUCUGGAGACAGGAGGUUGCUAGGAACAUAGACUUUGACCAUUGUAGUCAAGGACCUCGCCUGCUUGCUCUCCGUUUCCUGAUACAACAGGAUAUGAGCAGGCUGUGCUGCGGCAGGAGCAUUACCACUGCAUCUGUGACUCGCCUCUACCGCUUGCCUCCUCCCGCCACCUUGAAAUGUAUCUUCUGAACCAUGAACCAGAAUAAACCAUUCUCCCCUUAGGUCA